AGCCCGAGGCGUCGGACAUGCUGAAGCCCGGAGAGCCCGGCGGCUCGGCCUUCCUCAAGGUGGACCCAGCCUACCUGCAGCACUGGCAGCAGCUCUUCCCUCACGGCGGCGGCGGCGGCCCGCUGAAGGGCGGCGGCCCCGCGGGCCCCCUGGGCGCGCCGCCGCCCCCGGAGCGCGCCGAGCCCCCGCCGGACGGCCUGCGCCCGCGGCCCGCCGCGCUCUCCGCCGCCGCGUCCGCCCCGGCCGCCGCCGCCGCCCCCGCCGUGUCCUCCUGCGCCGCGGCCGCGGCGGCCGCCGCCCUGGCGGGGCUCUCGAGCCUGCCGGUGGCGCAGCUGCCCGUGUUCGCGCCGCUCGCCGUGGCCGCCGUGGCCGCCGAGCCGCUGCCCCACCCGGACCCGAGCCUCCGCGCGGCCUCGGGCCCCGGGCCGGCCGCGGGCGGCGGCGGGGACGGCCGCGGCGCCCCGCGCUUCCGCUGCAGCGCCGAGGAGCUGGACUAUUACCUGUACGGCCAGCAGCGCAUGGAGAUCAUCCCGCUCAACCAGCACGCCGGCGACCCCAACAACCGUUGCGACAUGUGCGCGGACAACCGCCACGGCGAGUGCCCCAUGCACGGCCCCCUGCACUCCCUCCGCCGGCUGGUGGGCACCAGCAGCGCCGCGGCCGCCGCGCCCCCGCCCGAGCUGCCCGAGUGGCUGCGGGACCUGCCCCGGGAGGUGUGCCUGUGCACCAGCACCGUGCCCGGCCUGGCCUACGGCAUCUGCGCGGCGCAGAGGAUCCAGCAGGGCACCUGGAUCGGCCCCUUCCAGGGGGUGCUGCUGCCCCCCGAGAAGGUGCAGGCGGGCGCCCUGAGGAACACGCAGCACCUCUGGGAGAUAUAUGACCAAGAUGGGACACUACAGCACUUUAUUGAUGGUGGGGAACCUAGUAAGUCGAGCUGGAUGAGGUAUAUCCGGUGUGCAAGGCACUGUGGAGAGCAGAAUCUAACAGUAGUUCAGUACAGGUCGAAUAUAUUCUACCGAGCCUGUAUAGAUAUCCCCAGGGGCACCGAGCUCCUGGUGUGGUACAAUGACAGCUAUACAUCUUUCUUUGGGAUCCCCUUACAGUGCAUUGCCCAGGAUGAAAACUUAAACGUCCCUUCCUCGGUCAUGGAAGCCAUGUGCCGGCCAGACGCCCUGCAGCCCUUCGGUAAGAGCAGCAAGCUGGCCGCCGCCGCCCCGCAGCGCUCCGUGGUCUUCCCCCAGACGCCCUGCAGCCGGGGCUCCUCCCUCCUGGAUAAAUCGGGGGCCCUGGAGUCGGGCUUCAACCAGCUCAACGUGAAGAACCAGCGGGUGCUGGCCAGCCCGACCUCCACGAGCCAGCUGCACUCGGAGUUCAGUGACUGGCACCUGUGGAAGUGCGGCCAGUGCUUCAAGACCUUCACCCAGCGCAUCCUCCUGCAGAUGCACGUGUGCACGCAGAACCCGGACAGACCCUACCAGUGUGGCCAUUGCUCUCAGUCCUUUUCCCAGCCUUCAGAACUGAGGAAUCACGUGGUCACUCACUCCAGCGACCGGCCUUUCAAGUGUGGCUACUGCGGCCGGGCCUUUGCAGGCGCCACCACCCUCAACAACCACAUCCGAACCCACACUGGAGAGAAGCCCUUCAAGUGCGAGAGGUGUGAAAGGAGCUUCACGCAGGCCACCCAGCUGAGCCGACACCAACGGAUGCCCAAUGAGUGCAAGCCAAUAACCGAGAGCCCAGAAUCAAUCGAAGUGGAUUAACUGAUUGACUGGCUGGAAUUAAACUGCAAGGAAAGUCAUGAUUAAAUGUCACGGACACUUAAGCAAAACCAAAGAUUUCCUCUGAGCAACUUUCAAUCAGUCCCAGAAAACCAAAAGCAGUAAUAAAAUAAGUAAGAUGUUAAGAGAUAUUGAUCCUGGCAUGGAAGUCAGACCAGGAAAGAGAUUAUUUAUUUAUGACUAGGGAUGAGACUGCUAACCUGGGGUGGCUACUCUUUCCAGUGCCACCAUGGAUUUGCUUUGUUUCUAAAAAGCUUUUUUUUAAAAAACAAACAAACAAACAAACAAAAACAAAUCAAGACAAAAAACCCAAAUUGUUAUUUAAUACCAAAGGGAGGACUCUAAUGGGUUCUGCCCCCAGUUGGGACGGAGACUGCACAGAGACUUGCUUCUCAUUGCACCUUUGUAUCAUAG